AGCCCGGCUCCCGCCGGCUCCGCUCCGCUCCCGGUCGCAGGCCGAGCCCAGCCCGGCGGGCUCCGGGAGGGGCGGGCAGGGCGCGAGGGGGAGGAGAUCUGUCUGGAGCCAGCGAGCCCGGCGGAGGAAGAGGAGGAGGAAGGAGGGGAAGCCGCCGCCGCCGCCGCGCUCCGGGGAUCUGGGCGCGCGCGCUCUGCUCGCCGGCGACGGUGGCGCCAGCCCCCGGCCCGCACCCGGGCCCAGUGGCAGCUGCCUGCGUGACCGUGUGCUGUUCCUCGGGGUCCUGGAAGGUGGAGAAGACGUGUAUGACCCCUGCAGGGAGGAGCCCGCCAGCCCAUACUGCCCUGGUGUGCUGUGUCGCUGCCGGGCCCUAACCGGAAGCUAAAGGUGUGAAGAGAGAUACCCUGAGAACCCGAACGCCGUCCCCUCCAGCUGAGUGUCAGUCCCCGCACGCUGCCCGGGACCUAGGGAAGCCCUGAAGGGGUGCGAGAAGGACCGUGGAGCUGGAGGUGCAGGGCGGAGCUGUCCAGACACCCGGGCCGAUGGGGGAGGCGACCACGGCCUCGGCAGGACAUAGGCGCAUGACCGGGGGCCUGCGGCACUGAGGGUGGCAGCCGGCUCCCAGUGCCCACACGACGCCAGCAUGCGGCCCGGGACAGGACACCCCUGAGCGCGAGCGCCGGCCCCUUUGGUUCCUCCGGGGUCUCCCGGCCGGUCCCCCUGGGCAGGUGGCACGGGCUGUCCCACGGAGGCCGUCCCCAUGGCCGGGUGCCUCUGGAGCGCGCUAUGGGCGUGCGUGGCGGCCGCCAUCCUGCUGCACGCGGGCGGCCUGGCCCGCGGAGACUGCUGGCUGAUCGAGGGCGACAAGGGCUUCGUGUGGCUGGCCAUCUGCAGCCAGAACCAGCCACCCUACGAGGCCAUCCCGCAGCAGAUCAACAGCACCAUCGUGGACCUGCGGCUGAAUGAGAACCGGAUCCGCAGCGUGCACUAUGCCUCGCUCAGCCGCUUUGGCAACCUCACGUACCUCAACCUCACCAAGAACGAGAUCGGCUACAUCGAGGACGGCGCCUUCUCGGGCCAGUUCAACCUGCAGGUGCUGCAGCUGGGCUACAAUCGGCUGCGGAACCUGACGGAGGGCGUGCUGCGCGGGCUGGCCAAGCUCGAGUACCUGUACCUGCAGGCCAAUCUCAUUGAGGUGGUCACGCCCGGCGCCUUCUGGGAGUGCCCCAACGUCGUCAACGUCGACCUGUCCAUGAACCGUAUCCAGCGGCUGCACGGCACCACCUUCGCCGGCCUGGCCCGGCUGUCCGUGUGCGAGCUCUACAGCAACCCCUUCUACUGCUCCUGUGAGCUCCUGGGCUUCCUGCGCUGGCUGGCCGCCUUCGCCAACGCCACGCACGCCCAUGACCGUGUGCAGUGUGAGUCGCCGCCGCUCUACGCCGGCUACUUCCUGCUGGGCCAGGGCCGCCACGGCCAGCGCAGCAUCCUCACCAAGCUGCAGUCCGUGUGCACCGACGGCGCCUACGUGGCUGAGCCGCCCCCUGUGCCGGGACGCCUGCCCCCAGGCCGUGCGCCCCCACCGCCCCCGCCCCCGCCGCCCCCCGAGCCCAGCGAGCCCCCCUGCGCCGAUGAGGACUGCUUCUCUGGUGAUGGCACCACACCGCUGGUGGCGCUGCCCACGCUGGCCCCCCAGGCUGAGGCGCGGCCCCUCCUCAAGGUCAAGCAGCUGACCCAGAACUCGGCCACCAUCACGGUGCAGCUGCCCAGCCCGUUCACGCGCAUGUACACGCUGGAGCAUUUCAACAACAGCCGCUCGUCCACCGUGUCCCGGCUGACCAAGCCGCAGGAGGAGAUCCGCCUGACCAACCUGUACACGCUCACCAACUACACCUACUGUGUGGUGUCCACCAGCUCCGGCCUGCACCACAACCACACCUGCCUCACCAUCGGCCUGCCCAAGCCGCCCGGCCCGCCCGGUCCCGUGCCCAGCCCGUCCACAGCCACGCACUACAUCAUGACCAUCCUGGGCUGCCUGUUCGGCAUGGUGCUGGUGCUGGGCGCCGUCUACUACUGCCUGCGCCGGCGGAGACGCCAGGAGGAAAAGCACAAGAAGGCGGCCGCGGCCGGCAGCCUCAAGAAGACCAUCAUCGAGCUCAAGUACGGGCCUGAGCUGGAGGCCCCCGGCCUGGCCCCGCUGUCCCAGGGCCCACUGCUGGGCCCCGAGGCCACGACCCGCAUCCCGUACCUGGCGGCCGGCGAGAUGGAGCCGUACAAGCUGGCAGAGAGCGGCGAGACGCCCAAGGCCAGCAAGGGCAGCUACAUGGAGGUGCGCACGGGCGAGCCCGCGGAGCGCAGGGACUGCGAGCUGGGCCGGCCCGGCCCCGACAGCCAGAGCUCGGUGGCCGAGAUCUCCACCAUCGCCAAGGAGGUGGACAAGGUCAACCAAAUCAUCAACAACUGCAUCGACGCGCUCAAGUCUGAGGCCACCUCCUUCCAGGGCGGCAAGGCCGGCGCCGGGGCCGUGUCCGCGGCUGAGCCGCAGCUGGUGCUGCUGUCGGAGCCGCUGGCCGGCAAGCACGGCUUCCUGGCGCCCGUCUACAAGGACACCUUUGGCCACGGCCUGCAGCGGCACCACAGCGUGGAGGCGGCCACCGGCCCGCCACGCGCCAGCUCUUCGUCCAGCGGCUCCGCACGCAGCCCGCGAGCCUUCCACGCCGAGGCCGCCAGUGUCCAUAAGGCCGCAGCCGCUGAGGCCAAGUACAUUGAGAAGAGCUCCCCCGCCACCGACGCCAUCCUCACUGUGACGCCCGCAGCCGCCGUGCUGCGGGCCGAGGCCGAGAAAGGCCGCCACUACGGCGAGCACCGGCACUCGUACCCCGGCUCCCACCCGGCCGAGCCCCCCCCACCCCCCGCACCCCCACCCCAUGAGAGCCUGGGUGGCCGCAAGGCAUCCAUCCUGGAGCCGCUGACCCGGCCGCGGCCCCGCGAGCUGGCCUACUCGCCACUGUCCCCGCAGUACCACAACCUGAGCUACUCCUCCAGCCCCGAGUAUGCCUGCAGGGCCUCCCAGAGCAUCUGGGAGCGUCUCAGACUGAGCCGCCGGCGCCACAAGGACCACGAGGAGUUCAUGGCGGCCGGCCACGCCCUGCGCAAGAAGGUUCAGUUCGCCAAAGACGAGGACCUGCACGACAUCCUGGACUACUGGAAGGGCGUGUCGGCCCAGCACAAGUCCUGAGCCCACGGCCCGCGCCCGCCCCGCACCUUCCCCAGGACUCGUGACGCCCACGGGACCAAAAAGGACACAAGACCCACUGCAGCUAUCGUAACCCAGAGACUCCCACGCAACGCGCCACACACGUACACACGCGUAGACACGCACACAUGCACACAGACAUGCUCACACAGGGAGACACGCGCAUGCGUGCGCACAGACACGCUCACACAGAUGCGCACGUGUGUACACAGAUGUGCACACAGACACGCUCACACACAGAGACACACGUGCACACAGACACGCACACAGCCAGUGUGGAAGCCUGGGGCCCACAGAGAGCGCAGGGAGGGGGCGCUGCCAGUCCCAACAGAGAAUGAGCCGUGGCUUCCACACACCCGCGCGCACACACACACACACACACACAAGGG